AUGAAGCGAUUCCUGCUUCUGGCCCUCGCGGCGCUUGGCCAGGCCAAGACGGUUACACACGACUUCAACGUCACCUGGGUCACGGCAAAUCCCGAUGGCCUGGCAGAGCGCAAAGUCGUGGGCAUCAACGGCCAGUGGCCGCUGCCCGUCAUCGAGGUCAACAAGGGCGAUCGCCUCGUGGUCAACAUGCACAACAGCCUGGACCGGGCCGCCUCGAUCCACUGGCACGGCAUGUUCCAGAACAACACAAACUACAUGGACGGCGCGUCCAUGAUCACCCAAUGCCCUGUGCCGCCCGGCUCGAGCAUGACUUACAACUUCACCGUCAACCAGAACGGCACCUACUGGUACCACUGCCAUACAGACUACUGCUACCCCGAUGGCUACCGCCAGGCGCUCAUUGUCCACGACGAGGACGCCCCGUUCAAGUUUGACGACGAGUUCACAGUCACCCUGUCCGAUUGGUAUCACGACAUGGUGGAGGACUUGUCUGCGGGCUUUAUGUCUGUCUUCAACCCCACCGGCGCGGAACCGAUUCCCAAUGCUUUCCUCUUCAACGACACAUUGAACUCCAGCCUGCCCGUGAAGCCGAACAAGACAUACCUGAUCCGAAUCAUCAACAUCAGCGCCUUUGUCGGGCAGUACUUCUACAUCGAGGGCCACAACUUCAAAAUUGUGGAAAUCGACGGCGUCUAUACGGAGCCCGCUGAGGCUGACACGCUCUACCUUGGUGUUGCUCAGCGAUAUGCGAUUCUUUUGACGACGAAGAACGAGACGGACACAAACUAUCCUAUUGUUACGGUUGCAGAUUCCUCUCUGCUCGAUACCAUGCCUCCAGAGCUCCGCCUCAACAACACCAACUGGCUGGAAUACAACAAAAAUGCCGACCACCCACAGGCGACUAUCAAUGUCACAGACAGCACACAAAUCGUUCCAUUUGAUGACAUCGCAUUGGUGCCCUCUGAUGGAAUGGAGCUGCUUCCCGAGCCAGACAUGGAUCUCAACGUUACUGUCAUCAUGGGUAACCUGAACAAUGGACAGAGCUAUGCGUUCCUGAACAACAUUUCAUUCACAACGCCAAAGGUGCCAUCUCUCUACACGGCAAUGUCAGCCGGAGAGGAUAUCGUCAGCAACAAGGGCAUCUAUGGCGAAUUCACUCAUCCAAUGGUUCUGAACCACAAUGACGUCGUGCAGAUUGUGGUCAACAACGCUGAUGGCGGCUCGCAUCCGUUCCAUCUUCACGGCCACAACUUCCAGGUGAUUGAUCGCCAGCCUCCCUAUGGAGAGCACUUUUUCGAUUACUUGAACGGAGAUCCCGUGCCGUAUGACCCAAGCAACCACACGGCCUUUCCCAAGAUUCCCGCCCGCAGAGACGUCGUUGUGCUGCCGCCCCAGGGCUACUUUGUCAUGCGUUUUGUUGCUGACAACCCCGGUGUUUGGAUCUUCCACUGCCACAUUGACUGGCAUCUUUCUUCUGGUCUGGCCAUGAUCCUCAUCGAAGCCCCUCAGCAGAUGCAAGAGCGCAUGACGAUCCCGCAAGAGCACAUCGACGUUUGUCAGGCUGCCGGCAUUGCCUCCAAAGGAAACGCCGCCGCUGACACGCUGGAUUUCCUCGAUCUCAAGGGCCAAGCGUCUCAGCCCGGCUGGAUUCCCGACGGAUUCACAGCUCGGGGAAUUGUUGCGCUUGUUUUCUCCAUUUUGUCUGCCAUCUGCGGUAUCAUUAGCAUUGUCAUCUAUGGUUUGGCAGAUGUGAAGAGCAAGCAGGCCGAUGAAGUGUCAACAGAACGCGAACAGAGCGGUGUUGUUGUGGUGGAGGAGAACGUGGAGAACCCGUCCAAGUCAUGA